UGCACUGGUUCUGAUAAUUAAAGUCCACACCUCCUCAACGCCUCACAGUACGUCAAGCAGUGGCGGGAAGGAGCGGUAAGUAGUGCAGUUUUCUUGUGAGCUAGGUAUGCUUGUUGUCCAUCCUGCAAGUUGCUGUGAUGUCUGCCUUGAUCCCUAUUCCAUCUCCUCAGGACCUGCUCAUUCUCCACAUGCAAUCGCCUGUGGUCAUAUAUUCUGUCUCGCAUGCCUUCGUUCCUUGUCCCUAAGUGCAUGUCCCCUCUGCCGCGAACCUUUCCGGUCAGAUAGUGUCAAGAAACUCUACAUCGCAAAUCCAUCCAAACGAGACGUUGCUGAACAGGAUACUAUCGACGAUCAGCAUGCUAAUCUCCUUCACCGCAUGUCUCUAGUCUCGGGCGAAGACACACCCAAUGCAGAAGUUGUCAAAGUAGUCGCCGAGGUGCAGGAAUGGCUGAAAUCUCAUUCGGAUAUUCCCAAUUCUCAUAAACUACUUCGAGCUGCCGUGGCUUCUCUCCAGCGAAUCAAAGUUCUUCAAGAUCAGAGCGAGCGCGAAAAAGCAGAAUGUCGUCGCCUUCGUGACAAGCUUCGCACUUGCAAACUUUAUGCAGACCUCGACUCGAAAACAUCUCGCGUAGUUGAAGAAGGUCUGCUUUCUAGGAUUCAGAAAUUAGAGAAUGAACAUGCUCUGUGGUCAUUUGCUUCGGCGGCAUUUAUAUUUGACUUACGUUGCGUCCUCGUAGCUGUCGCAAUUGCAAUCCCAGCUGGAAAUCCUUGUAAAUACCCAACCUCGACACCCUAGUACCAACAAUCCCACCAUCCCUCAGCCAGUCCAGUUACACCGCACAGUGGAUUUGGAUACUCACAUACGAAGGGGACACAAUAGUGAGUCUCCGUCCUCUGUACCGUCGUGCU